UGUUGCCAGAGCAGGUUCUAUUGUGGCUUAUUGCAAAAUUAAUUUCAAUCGUUUAUUCUAAACGUCAGACAGGAAAUGUACGAGCGCUAUAUUUUAAUUUCCCUUAGUUGGUGUUGUGUAUUACAAACGUUUGUUUACGGCGCUGAAUUACCAAGCGAUAUAGAAAAAUGUCACUUUGGCGAUUCGACUUGUUUGAUGCGUAGCAUUAACGAUCUGAUCAAGCGUUAUCCAAAGGGCAUACCUGAGAUUGGUCUGCCAGCGCUGGAUGAAGCCAAGAUGGAUAAUAUAACGAUUUUGGAAACGCCGCAAGAGUAUGGCCCCAUCUGGAUGUCAUUUCAUACUACAGAUAAUAUAUACAAGGGCUUAAAUAAUGCAACAAUUACCGAAAUCAAUGGGUUUGAUGAAGACCCCACAAAGAGCAGAGUUGUUGUUAAAGCGCGCAUACCACGACUGCUGCACGAAGCUACAUAUGAAAUGAAGGGCAAGUAUCUUGUAUUUAUAGCAAAUACAACUGGUAAGCUGCAGUCGGACUUUCAGAACGUGCAGCUAACACUGACGUUCAAGGUAAUAAUGGAGUAUCGCCAAAACAAAAGAUAUCUAAAGAUAUUUGAACUGACAUCGGUAGUGGAUCUUGAUCGCUGGAUCGUCUGGUUGGCGGACUUGUAUAGAGAAAAUUCUGACUUAACCAUAGCGCUAAAUCGUUCAAUGAACGAAAAUUGGAUAGAGUUUUGGAAUGGACUAGAGCCCAGUGUAGUAAAAUCAUUUACAAACUGUUUUACUGCCUUGCUUAGUAAUGUAUUCGAAAACGUUGCCUAUGAUGAUAUGUUUUUAAACUCGACUAACACUGCUGACUACUAUAUGCAAAAAUAAUGUUAAUUUUUGUAACAAUGAACAACAAGUUGAAGUGAUUUACAAUGUUUUUAGCCGUAUGACUGCUGGCGUCAUUUAAUAAGUAUUAAGCUCAGUCGUCUAUAAUUAAUAAUAGUUUGUUACAAUUAA